AUGGGGUUUGGAGAGCGAGUUGAGAAAAAAGAAAGCAAAAGAAAGACUGGGUGUGCGUUCACGGAGAGGGAUUUACUAGAUAAGUGGAAGAUAGAUGGACACAGGAGCAAUGAGUAUCGCAACAGUGGCAGCCGCCGCCUCUUCAUCCCUGAGCGCAGUAGCAGAUGUGGGACAGAUGAAAUCGUUCUCAUUUUCUUUCCCUUCUUGUUGGGCAGUUUCUUUUUCACAUCACAAACUCACUCCCACCCCUCCUGCCCACUGCCCGCGGAGGAGGAAAUUAAGUAGAAGGGUAAUUUGCGAGGUCGCUGCCGCCGAUGUAUCUCCAUCAACAUCAUCAGAUGAAGCCACCGCCGCCGCAGCCUCCUCCAAGAUCGGAUCUAGGGUUACAGUGAAGGUGCCUCUGAAGGUGUACCACGUGCCCAGAGUUCCGGAGGUAGACAUUACUGGCAUGGAAGGUGAGCUGAAGCAGUACGUUGGGCUGUGGAAGGGCAAGCGGAUUUCAGCCAAUCUCCCUUAUAAGGUGCAGUUCGUCGUCGACGUUCAAGGCCGUGGCGCAGUUAAGUUCUUCGCCCAUCUCAAGGAGGACGAGUUCGAAUAUCUUUAAUCAGUUUUGGUAUCAUUCUCUCUCUCACCUCACACAUUAUAUAUCAAAUAAAUUAUAGUUAUAUUUGUAAUUAUAAUUGUAAUAGCAGUUAGUUCUGUCUCGUUUCAAAGAAACUGCAACUGCACUUGAUUGUACGUAUUUAAUCACAUUCACAUGGAUCAGUCUGAUCUAUUAUUAUUUCU